CCGGUGUGGGAAAUGGUUGGCCAGCGUGCACAAAAGCUAUCAGCACAAUUGAAGGCUACUGCUUCAUGUCUUGCUGGAUUUAUGGAUUCAAUCCAAGCGGUCAGCGAUUAUGCAAACAAUCUGAAGGGCGCAGCUCGAGAUAUGGGCGUAUGUAUGACACGAGUUUGCAUGCGAGAACGAGCGCUGGAACACCGCCUGAGGGCUGUCGCGGACGCUUUGACCGAGGAGACAGCCGUCAGCAUCCAACAGAGAGCCGCUUACUGGAAACAGAGGACGGCUGAAUUAGACAAGAGUGCAGCGAAGCACGUAAAAAAGAUCAGGACACGAAAAGGCCGACCUGAUCCAGCUGCGGUAUCUGAGCAGCGUCAACUAUGUAGUCAGGUUCUUGGCGAACAACGGACACAGUUUGCUUUUUUCAUCGGCACGCUAAUGCCAGUUUUCACAGCUGAGAUUUCUCUUCUUGAUGAAGGUUCACACAUUAGACAGGUCGUCGAAAAUUUGGACAGCACUGUUAAGUUGGUGGAUGGUCACAUGUUGGUGCAGACGAUCCUUAGCGAUCUAUCACAAGGUGCCGACAAUGCCUGGCGGCAGUGUUUAACAAAUGCAGUUCGGGCUUACCGUAAUGGUGACUCGGUAAACGACGAUGGUGGUUUGUCUACUCGAGCUACUACACCUGGAAGCAGUUUUAGUCAUGGUUUCCGAAAUUUCCUUUCAGAAGGUUCAUCUCGUCCGCCACCUCCAACUCGUCGAAGCAGCACAAUUACGGCAGCCACACCAACUGCACCGUCGGUUGUGGAAGCGCGAAUGAGUAUGGGAUCCUUAAUGGGUAUGUUAUGGGAGUAUUUCUGUGGAAUUAUAGAUAUAACUUAA